AUGUCGCGGAGCCCCAGCGAGGCCGCCGCGGAGCGGGAGUCGGCUGAAGAUAAUUCUCCUGCCCUGACCUACGAUUCUGAUGCAGAAACAACACUGAAGAACAAAAUGUCUCGCAGGCCUGCAAAAUCAAGGUCUCCAUAUACCUCUCACACCUGCCUCCAUUCUAAAAGGAGUGGAUUUCUGCGGACUUUGAAAAGCUCAGAGAGCAGACACUUUGAGAGCCCCUUAGUGAAAGCCUCAAGGCAAUAUUGGCGUGGAUCUCUGAAGCCAGGUACCUGGAUGAGUCACUCCAAGUCCGAUAUUGGCAUCAGAACUGCUUUCUCCCCUCUUCCUGGAAGCACACCUGAGUACCUCAAGGAAGCUUUGGGGAUGAAGAAACCGAAACACGCUCGCUCUGCCAGCCGUGGCUACAUCCCUGGAACUCCAGACUACAAGGAGAAGGAGGAUAUGUAUGACGAGAUCAUUGAACUAAAGAAGACAAUCCAAGCUCAGAAGUGCGAAGCGGAUCGGAUGAAAACCAAACUCCGGCGGGUGGAAGAAGACAAUAACCGGAAGGACAAACAAAUUGAGCAGCUUUUGGACCCCUUCCGGUAUUCUGAAUUUAGCUGGUUACGGACAGAACAGAAAAGCGAGAGCAGCUUGAUGAUAAAUGGUUUGAAGCAGAAGAUUCUCAGGCUAGAACAGCAGUGCAAGGAGAAAGACAACACCAUUAAUCAACUCCAGGCAGAUGUGAAGAAUACUGACCUGGAAGAAAUGACCAUCGCUCUGCGUACUUCCUACCAAGAGAUCCGGCGCCUCCAGAACCUGCUGACACACUCAAAAGUUGUGCAACGAAAGUACGUUAAUUACUUUGGGGCUUUCUGCAUGUGCUUAACUUUUUGGUGGCUAGUUUCUAUUCUUCACUAGUCGCUGUGCAGGAAGUGAAAUUUAAACUUUUUUUAAAAAAAGGCUACGUGUCAUUCUCUUUGUUUAGCUUGGUUAGCAGACUCUGUUCCAUUAACAUACACCUUAAUAUUUGGUAAACAUCGUGUUGUCUGGGUUAGUGUUUAAAAAACAAUAACAAUUAAUUUCUAUCAUUCUGUAAUCCAUAUAAUAACUUUACUCGAUUGCCUUUUCUUCCCAUAGUAUUCUCUUUAGCCAACCUUAAAUUAAUACAGUUCUCAUUUAAACAGAUGACAAUUAAAUCUAAACAUUUUUCUCGUGUUUCUGCAAAUAAUGACCACAUCAGUAUAAAGCUCCUUUCCAUUAAUCAUCUUGAUUGCCUCCUCGUAAAUCCUGUUUACAUUCUUAUUUAAAUUUGUCUUCCCCACAAUAUUCAAAACAUUCUUACUGGCUAAGAUUGUCUCAAAAUUAGUUACACUUAGGUACUUAAAUCUUUUUUCACGUUGACGCAAAAGGCCUCAGGGAUGAUUGCCAGCACCCACAGUCCCAAUGCCAGCCGUGGGAAGGGUUAACGUUGAGCAAGUUUUCACAGU